AAAACCUUGCAGGGAGAUCAACCAGCUAAUUAUCUGCAACUCAUCUCCAGAAGUGCUUCGGGGGCUUUGAAGUGAUGCAGGACUUUUUGCUAUACCAGUGGAAGAGCCAGCUUGCACAGAGAGGCUGUGGCUAUUGAAUGUUCCCACUCUGCCACAUCCCCAGCCUUUAGCAGCACCCUCAUCCCUCCCCAGCUUCCUUAAUCUCUGAUGGCUCCAUGGCCCAUGUUCAGGCUCAGCCUUCUCUGCUGGGUUUGUUUGCGAUCUGUGGGAGUCACAGCAACAGCUACACUGCCAAAUGACAAGCCUGGGGGCCCCUUGGACUGGCUCCUGUCUGACAAGGGGCCAUUCCAUCACUCUCCGGAGUAUAUUGAUUUUGUGGAGAAGAACAGACAAGGCUUCUCAACCAGAUACAAGAUAUACAGGGAGUUCGGGAGAUGGAAGGUAAACAAUUUGGCAUCAGAAAGAAGAGAUUUCCCACGUUCUCCGUUACCUUUGACAUCAGAGUUCAUGAGGAAUAUUCGACUCCUUGGCCGCAGACCCAGCACGCAGAUGAUCACUGAUAACCUGAUAAAGAAAUAUGGUACUCACUUUCUAAUGUCAGCUACACUUGGAGGGGAAGAAGCCUUAAGUAUAUUUGUUGACAAAAGAAAACUCAGUAAGAAAGGAGAGGUGAGCGAUUACGCAAGUAAUUCAUCGACUGUCACUCUGGAAGCUUUGCACCAGCUGGCCGCCUCCUACUUCAUUGACAGGGAGAGCACUCUGCGCAAGCUGCAUCACAUCCAGAUUGCCUCCACUGCCAUCAAGGUGACCGAAACACGCACUGGCCCCCUUGGAUGCAGUAACUAUGACAACCUUGACUCUGUUAGCUCAGUACUGGUUCAGAGCCCUGAAAACAAGGUCCAGCUGCAAGGUUUGCAAAUGAUACUUCCAGACUACUUGAAAGAAGGUUUUGUGCAAGCGGCUCUAAGCUACAUCGCCUGUAACGGAGAAGGGGAGUUUCUCUGCAAGGAUAGCGACUGCUGGUGCAGCUGUAACGCCAAGUUCCCAGAAUGCAACUGUCCAUAUAUGGAUAUUGAAGCCAUGGAGGAGAGUCUGGAGAGAAUCACAGAGACGUGGAGGCAGCUUCACAAAGAUUUUGAACAAUCAGAUGAAUUCAAAGGCUUCUAUGCAAGGCUACCCCAAAACCAUUUCCUGAACAUGUCCACAAUCCAACACUUGUGGUCACUCGACACCUUAUUCAAUGGGCGAUAUGAGCAGUUGGAGAACAACAUGCGUGUCCUUGCCAAGCGUGCAGAGAGAGUCAUCUUCAAACUUUUUAGUUUAAGUAAAAGAUGUCACCGACAACCGCAAGUCCGCUUACUGAGAGAGAGGUCCCAAUCCUACUGGCUUAGUCAUUUCCAGUCUCGCUUGUAUUGUUCAGAGAACAACCAGCUUGGUGCAUUCUCUGAGGAGCUCCACAGCUGCAGCUGUCGAUAUGAGCACAUCCCCUGUCAGCUCCCUCCACCCUGCUUUGUUGGCGAAGGCCCUGCUUGUGCAGAGUGCGCACUAGACAACCACACCCGAUGUGGAGGCUGCAACCAAGGCUUCACCCUGAUACAGGGGAUCUGUAAGCCAAUUGUGGCAGAUACUACAGAAAACUACCUUGGGUUUGAGACAGACCUCCAAGAUUUGGAACUAGGCUACCUUCUAAAGAGAGCUGAUCGGAGGCUUGAGGUUCAUGCAAUUUUCAUCAGCAAUGACAUGCGUCUUAAUAGCUGGUUUGACCCCUCAUGGAGAAAGAGGAUGCUGUUGACAUUGAAAAGUAAUAAGUAUAAGUCCAACAUGGUCCACAUGCUGCUAGGAAUAUCUCUUCAGGUUUGCCUUACAAAGAACAGCACAUUGGAGCCUGCUCUUACACUCUAUAUCAAUCCUUUUGGCGGUAGCCAUUCAGAGAGCUGGUACAUUCCUAUCAAUGAGAACAAUUUUCCUGACUGGCAGGCCACAAAGCUAGACCUGCCCUUUGAGUGUUAUAACUGGACACUGACACUUGGUAACAAGUGGAAGACAUUCUUCGAAACAAUACAUGUCUAUCUGCGGAGCAGGAUAAUGACACAAAAUGGAAUGAACGAGAGUGUAUACUAUGAACCAUUAGAGAUGACAGAUCCUGGACGUAAUUUAGGCUACAUGAAAAUCAACAGCAUUCAGGUGUUUGGUUACAGUAUGCACUUUGACCCAGAGGCUAUACGUGACUUAAUUCUGCAACUUGACUACCCUUAUACGCAAGGUUCCCAGCAUACUGCUAUGUUGCAGCUCUUGGAAAUACGUGACCGGGUAAACCGACUAUCGCCUCAAGGUCAACCGAGAUUGGACUUGUUUGCCUGUCUUCUCCGACACCGACUUAAACUGACUACCAGUGAGGUAGGGCGCAUUCAUGCCUCCUUGGAGGCCUUCAGCUCCCGUCUGCCCAAUUCAUUGGAUUAUGAAGCAACUAAGCUUUGCAGUUAACAGCUGCUUGGCAGGGUCUCACUUUGAAACUGUCACAUGAAUAUUAUCUCAACUUUUCUGGACACACAGUUUGAGGUCUAUUUGUUUACAUGUAUAAACAUGUAAUAUGUUUAAUCAUGAGUGGACCAAGUGAGGGCAGCUGCUAGAAUGUACUCUGUAAACCAACUUUUUCUUCUUUGCGCAGACUACUCUUACGGGGUAUUAAAGGAUAGUGUGUAUCAGUGAAAGAAUGCACAACUCUUUCCCAAUACACAGUAGUCUAAUCAAAUGUACAGUGUAUGACAGUAGAAAAUCAGAUACCAGAAUUCACAUCUGAUGCACUAUUGUUUAUAAGACUGCUCAGCUUUACUGUAAGCACCAAACCGAAUGAAUGGAAAAAUGAAUUAAUUGAAAAAUGUUACAAUCUGUUUGUUUGUAAUUUUUAUAUGUCCCUUUGCUUCAGUGACAGUGCACUUUCCAUAAACCCCAGAAUACAGAGGUAUCAAUAUUUUGUAGAUAAAUUGCUAUUAAAACACAUAUAACAGA